CUUGGAUCUUUUUGAAACAAUUAUUUAAAAUCCAUAUGAAAGGAUUUACUCACUUGUAGUGUUUUCUGGUCACCCCUCUUCUGAUUGGAUAGCAUUUGUAAUUCUUCAUCAUCUUACUCGCUGUCUCCACUGCUCUCGUUAUUGGUAAUUACUUCUGCCUGAGGCAGGCUAUUUGACGAGAUGAUCAGUUUUCCUAAAUUCCUUUAUUAUAGCUCAGUUGGGAAUAUCCUGGAAAAAUGAACCUAUGAUUUCCCAUCACACCUUAAAGAGGAUGGAGUGGUAGUGAUCGGGGUCAUGAGUACACUGCUGAGCAUGAGACCCUGCUGGCAGGUCAGAGAAAACCCAAAAAAAGACAGAUGGGACCGUGUUCAGAAUUCGCACAAAAGCUGAAGGACUUAUGGAUGCGGAUGUACCCUUAGAAUUGGUGUUCCAUUUACCGGUCAAUUACCCUUCGUGUCUGCCUGGUAUCUCGGUUAACUCGGAACACCUGACCAGGGCCCAUCGUGUGACUGUGAAGGAGAAGUUACUUGAGCAAGCGGAGAACCUUGUGUCAGAACCUAUGGUUCACGAGCUGGUUCUCUGGAUUCAGCAGAAUCUCAGGCACAUCCUCAACCAACCAGAGACUGGAAGUGGCAGUGAGACGUGUGCUUUUGCAACAAGCACGGCUGUGGAUGAUGGAUUGUGGAUAACUCUUCUGCAUUUAGAUCACAUGAGAGCAAAGACUAAAUAUGUCAAAACUGUGGAGAAGUGGGCUUCCAAUUUAAGGCUGACAGGAAGACUGAUGUUCAUGGGUAAAAUAAUACUGAUUUUACUACAAGGAGACAGAAAUAACAUCAAGGAGUACCUGAUUCUUCAGAAAACCUCCAAAGUAGAUGUGGACUCAAGUGGAAAGAAAUGCAGAGAGAAAAUGAUUAGUGUACUGGUUGAAACAAAAGUACAGACAGAACACAAAAGGUUUCUGGCAUUUGAAGUCAAAGAGUAUUCAUCGUUGGAUGAGUUACAAAAGGAAUUUGAAACUGCAGGACUUGAGAAGCUUUUCUCUGAAUUUGUACUUCGGCUGGUGAAAUGAAGUGGAAGACAGGAAUCAUUUAGUAAAACAGCUGUUUUUUUUAUUUGUUUUUUGCAUCGGAUUUUGGGAGUGGCUAAUUGAAAUCCUCACAAGGGAACAAUUUUAAAGUUUGAAGCAAACCGAAGCAAAAUGAUAGACACCAUCUUAACUUAGAAACAAAAGCCAAUUCUGUGUAUGGAAUAUUGAAUAGUAAAAACAUCCAUGUAUUCUAAUUUUUGCCAGUAAAGGCCAGGUUCAAUAGAUGGAAUGUUAUCUGGAAGAUAAAUAUAAAAAGAUGAUGGUAAACGAGCCCUUGUGUUUGUGUAGAGGAUUUGUUUGGAACUGUGCAAUUUUCUGGCUGAUUUUCUUGUAAUUAAAUGAAUUUUUAAAAGAGAUUUGUUUUCAUGUUUACUUUUCUUCAUGUUUACGUUUUUAGCAUUUGAUCACGAUUUUCCCCCAUUCAGCUUAUUAUGUCUAAUGUUUUAAGUUGAAUGUUAAGAAAAAUAUAACACUGAUUUCUUUGUGGAAUUGCAUGAAUCGUUAGUUUAAAUACAAACCAAAGACGUUCUAUAGAACUUGAUUUACAGUUGCUUUCUUUGGGGACCCAGAAUAGCGUGGUACUUGCUAGGGCUGGAGAAUCAAUUUAAAUUAAAACUCUUUUUUUGAAAAAUUUACCUUCUAGUUUUACAAGGGGAAAAAUGUUUCAUACAAAAUGAAUUUGGCUUGCUGCAUGGAGAAAAUUAUAUAG